GUCUGUCGCUCAGAUGCUGAUUUACUCCCACAAGUGAGAACAAAGAGAGUGUUUCUGCAAAACACAGAUGAGAGUCCAACAACAUCAGCUCGACACACACACUGCUCCUUGGACACUAGUGACUAAAUCGUCCAGUCAUGGCAAACACGGGUCUUCAGGUGAUGGGUCUGGUCUUAGGCGUCGCAGGCUGGGCGUUCGGGAUCCUGGUCUGCGCCGCCCCCUGGUGGCGCGUGUCAGCAUUCGUAGGGGACGAGCUGGUGGUGUCUCAGGUGCUGUGGGAGGGGCUGUGGAUGACGUGUCUGUCGCAGUGGGGCCGCCUGCAGUGUAAAGUCUACGACUCCGGCCUCGCCCUCUCAAGCUCCGCCCAGAUGUGCCGCGCCCUGUGCGUGCUGUCGCUGCUCCUGUGUUUGUUGGCACUUUUGCUCAGCAUAAUCGGGCUCAAGUGCACACGCUGCCUUGGGGACGCGCAUGAGACCAAAGCACGGCUGGUGCAGGUCGGCGCGGCGCUGUUCGUCGCGGCUGCGUUUUUCUUCCUUUUGCCGGUGUGUUGGACCGCGUAUGUUAUAAUACGCGAUUUCUACGAUCCGAAUGUCGCCGCGCCGCUCAAACGUGAACUCGGACCGGCGCUCUACCUGGGAUGGGCCGUGACCGUGCUGAUGCUAGCAGGCGGGGCUUUGUUGUAUUUAGGCUCCGCCUCCCCUGGAGUUCCAGCUUUGCCUGUUUUUGGAAGAGGACCCAAAGGAAACCCUCCGUCCACAGCAGAGAGCAAACCGGAAAAGGUCUUCGUGUAAAACAGGCCCAGUGGUCACCUAGAAGGUUCAAUCUGCAGAAAUGCAGGAAUACUAUCAUAUACUCACUAUCAUGACAUUCAAAAACUGUAUGCAUGUUUUCUCUCUCUCUGUGAAACAAAACUGAAUUUUUGCAUGAACUUUAUGUAAACCAGCUCUUUUGAUUUGAUUUGAUUUGAUUUGAAUUGGCUCUUUAUUAUCCAUUCUUGUGGAAAUUAGGCGUUGGUCUUCCACAGGUGGUACAUCAUAUGCAUACAGCUUAUUCACAACACACAAAAACACAAUAAACUUAUAAUAAAGUGAAAAAAAAUCCAAAUAGCAAUCACAUGACUUGUGUGCGCUAAAAAAGGGGGUUCGAAUUGGCAUGAAGGUAAAUUUUUGUACAAUCUGCCCUUGAAAGGCUGAAUCUGGAUACAUUUCCAAACCAUUAAGCCUUUAGCAACUUGUUGAUUUCUGAUGGAUUAGUAAAUUCUGAUUUUAAAUAUUUAUGUCUUCUUUCAAUUAAUGAUUAUAUCUCAUGCAAUUUAUUUAUUGAUGUCUCAUUGUGUAUUAUUUGUCUAAUAAACCUAAUAGAAUAAUGUAAGUUGGCUGCAUGUUGACUUACCAUGCAUUGCACGCGUGUGUUAACGCGUUGGCGGGAAUCACACAGCACAAUAGCAGAAUACAGGACAGAGACAAUAAACAGAGUGUCCACUGUUGCUCUGAUGAUGUCAUCAUGCUGGAGGACGUGUGGAAUAUGAGCUCGUGUUCCACAGAACUCCUUCAGAAGCCCUGCAUGGAAACAUCCACCAUUAGACGAGGAUGAAUUAAUCAACAUCAAUACUUUAGAGACAUUACACUCUUACAUAUAAAGGUUCCAAAAGGGUGUUUUUGCAGUGAUGCCACAGAAGAACCAUUUAUUUUUGGUUCCCCAAAGAACCUUUCAGUGAACAGUUCCUAAAAGAAAUAUUUUGAAGAACAUUUUUCGACUAUAAAGAACCUUUUCUGCAUUUGAAAGUUUCCCUGGAUGUUCAAGGUUCUUCAUAGAAGCAUUAAUGCCAAUAAAAAACCUUUAUUUUAAGAGUGUAGCGACUCCCGCAGAAAGAGUGGCUUGUUUGUUGAUUUUAAAUUGGGCUCAUUUGUUACCCCUAGUGGUUGAAAGGGGGAAAAUUAUAAAGAUGUGACUACAGAUGAAUGAUUCAGCCAGUAGCUGUAUUACUGCAGCUGUCCACAAGACGGCAGUCAAACCCAGAUCUCACACUCUAAAAAAUAAGGGCACUUUAUUGCCAUCUGUGGUUCCUUGAAGGACCUUUAACAUUUGUGGAGUUUGUGGAGUCCACCUAAUUUUUCCCAUAAGAGCACGGAAAUUUGUAAAUUGUAUGGGUCUGGAUUCCAGUCUCAUCUGUAUCCAGAUAUUUUUAGUUGUACAAAACAGCUUGUUUAUGCUGCUUGAUAUUGCAAAUUGUGUCUUAACAUAUUAUUUUCAUUUAUUAUCUUAAUUGCCAAACUGGAAAGUAUUUUUUCAUGGAUUACAUAUUAUUUACACAAUAGUAAUAAAUCUUUUUUAUUAUUA